CCAUGGAACGGCUCAGUAAAUUGUUACAGUUUUUCUUUUUAAUCCUAGUCUUUGGGAUAAAUGGUUCUACACAAUUAGUUUACCCUUAUGGACCAACUGCCGGUGAUACACAGUUGCGAGUGGGAUACGAGGUUGCUAGCCCCGGCAUUCCGCUUAGUGUGCCUGUGAAGUUCUAUAAUGAGACUUAUGACACCAUUUUCGUGAACAGCAAUGGGCUGGUGUCGUUCAACAACGAGAUGCCGACGUUCUUCAACGUGCCAUUCCCGCUCGAUUACCCGGCGCUGGCCGCGUUCUAUGCCAAUGUGGACCUCCGGGGCAGCGGACAGGUGUACUACCGGGAAGACCGGAACCCGCGGACUCUGGCCCACGCCGACGCACAGGUGUCCCGGUUCUACCCGCGGUACCAGGGCCGAUUCGCCGCCGUGUCUGUGUUCGUGGCUACGUGGCACCGGGUGGGCUACUACAAGAAGAACGCCGACCGGACCAACACGUUCCAGGUGGCCGUGGCCACGGAUGGCCACGAGACAUUCGUUCAGUUCGCGUACCCGUCGCCCAUCCAGUGGGUGCAGUCGUUCGGCGGUAUGUCCGAGGUCGGGCUACCGGACGCCAAGGCCCAGGCCGGGUUCAGCGCCGCCGACGGGCGCAUACACGUGCUCCGAGGAUCGGGAAGCGAUCAGAUACACAAUUUGGACAGAUGGAGUAACACGGAUGCGCCGGGUGUUUGGUUGUAUCGUGUGGGCAACAUCGGAACGAAUGAAAACGUGGAACCACCCGAAUUUCCCGGAAGCGUCCGACCAGACGAGGGUUUGACUUGCGCAAUAGCCGGAGCUUUGUGUCACAACCAAGCAUCAUGCGUAGAUUACGAACAAGGAGAUAUGUGCUGUAUAUGCAAACAAGGGUACUUUGGCAACGGUGUUACUUGUAUUAAAGAAAAUGUACCAGUCCGCGUCAGUGGAAAAGUCAGCAUAGACGUCAACGGGAUCGUAAUGCCGGAGUCAGAUUUACAGGCUUACGUGGCAACGAUGGACGGCCGCGUGUACAUGGCCAUCUCGGACGUGCCCACCAACUUGGGUUUCGAGUUGCAAUACCUGUCCGUAUUCCCAUCAGUAGUCGCAUGGCUUUUCUCGUUACACUCGGAAAACGCGUACAACGGAUACCAGUUGACAGGAGGAGUGGUAAACUACACUUCUGAAGUGACUUUUCCGGGAACUGAACACAGAAUAACCAUUCAUCAACGGUUUUUCGGACUUAAUUCGUUCGACCAAUUAAUAAUGGACGCCACCGUACAGGGAACAACGCCUCAAGUCCCAUUGCCCCAUACCAGAUUCACAUUGCCCAACGACAAUCAUCAGCAGUAUACGAUCGCAAACGGUCGUAUGCAUUCGUAUUAUACGUACAGGUACAAACAAGAAGGGUCAGAUUUCGAACAACAAGUGACCGUGGCACAAAAAUUCGAAUUUUCUCAACCAUGUAACAAGGCCGCCAAGGGAUUUACGUCGUUCAUGUUACAGAGUUCCAAAGCUUUCGCCUACUACGAAGAAAAAGUAAAAAUUUUGAGACUGGUCAGCACAAACAACAUAUUUUUGCCAUUCGAAGAUACGCAGGACCCUUGCAGCGACGGACAUGUAAAAUGUGUUGCGAACAGCACGUGCGUCAGGGAGGGCAGUACUUUCAGAUGCGAAUGCAAUCUAGGAUUCCAUUCGUUGUACGGUACCGAGUCCGGGUGUGUAGAUAUCAACGAGUGUCAAGAUAGGAUCGAUCGAUGUGACCCGAAUGCCAUGUGCGUUAACGAAGUGGGUACCUAUAGCUGUCAGUGUAAACUGGGAUUUGAAGGAAAUGGUUAUUAUUGCGGAGCAAUUACUGAGGCUCCGAAUACAGAACCAACAUCGAGGGCUUAUAACAUCGAGAACAGUGUUUGUGAUGUGCCUAAUAAUAUUAGCACUUGUUCCUGUAUUCAAGGUUAUGAAAUACGAUUGCUAUCGAGCGACUCCACCGAUUUCGAGUGCGUAGACGUCAACGAAUGCAGUAUACCAGAAGUCUGUCACAGGGAUAGUUAUUGCACGAAUUAUCCGGGCACUUACGCAUGUUCUUGCAACACGGGUUUCAUAGGCGAUGGACUUAGGUGUUUACCAUUACCCCCUAGAUGCCGAUUGGAAGGACAUAGAUACGUAGGUCAGGGAUGUCCCGUGGAGAAAACUUGCAUCAGGGAUUUGUGUCAAUGUCCAUCAUCGUACGUUGACGUCGGACAAUAUUGUGCACCCUAUGACGAUGUUUCUACUGCAGAACCGGAGAUCACCGUAACAGAAUCAUCGAUUUCGUGUGCCGAGAUCAACACGUGUCACGCUCAUGCCCAGUGUAACUUUAUAAACUCUCAGCAACGACACAAGUGUCAAUGCAAUCCGGGCUAUGAAGGAGAUGGAUAUGAAUGUUCGUUAAUGGAAUUAUCGUGUUCAAAAUCAAACAUCUGUGAUGCACAUGCUAGCUGUCAGAUAGUUGAAGGUCAUUCAAUAUGUGUAUGUAACAGUGGAUACGAAGGAGAUGGUAUAAUAUGUACACCAACAGGUGAAUGUGUAUCAGACUCAAAUUGUGGUCCGAAUGAAAUGUGUAUGUAUAACGAAACCAGUUACAUAUAUAGCUGCAAGUGUUUAGAAGGUUAUCAAAAGCUUGACAACAAAUGCCAAAGAUCACGCUGUUCAUAUGAAUGUCACAAAUAUGCCAACUGUGUACAAGGAGAAAGAAAUAAUUAUGUAUGUCGUUGUAAUAAUGGAUAUACAGGUAAUGGUGUUACACAGUGUGAACGGGUAAUCGAAACUGGCUGCACAGAGAAUUCGUGUCCAGCAAAUACUGAAUGUAACAAUGUAGGAAAUACUUUUAAAUGUUCUUGUGCCCAGGGAUACACAGAAAACUGGUAUGGUUUAGAGUUAUCGUGCACAGAGACCUGUGUAGUAAACACCAGCAUUUGCCAUCCAUCGGCUCAGUGUGUGACUGAUACGUCAGGACAUUAUAUUUGUCAAUGUAGACAAGGGUACAUAGGAAAUGGUUAUUAUUGCAAAGAAAAUAAAAAAACGACAAAAGAAGACAUUUACUUACUUGUAAAUCAAGGGAUGGCAACAUUGCAUAUUCCAACAGUUCCAAACAAAACAAGAGGAGAUUAUCCAAUUCAUCUGCAAUUUGAUAAAAUAGCCAUUGGUUUAGCAGUUGAUUGUUUAGAAGAGCAGAUGUAUUGGAGUUACAUAGCAGACCGGACAAUUAAGUCGUCUAAACUGAAUGGUUCAAAUGUGCAAGAAUCUAUUACCACAGAAGCUACAUCAACUGAAGGAUUAACUAUUGACUGGAUUAAUAGAAAGAUUUAUUGGACAGAUUCAGGUUUGAAACGAAUAAUGGCAGCAGAUUUAUCUAAUAAGACCCAUGUGACAAUAAUAGCAAAUUCUUCACUCAGUAAUCCCCGAGGAAUUGCAGUUCAUCCAAACAGAAGAAAAUUGUUUUGGUCAGACUGGAAUAGAAUUAGUCCUAAAAUUGAAUGGUCUGAUUUGGAUGGUAGCCAAAGGGAAGUUUUUGUUCAAGGACCUAAUGUCAAAUUACCAAACUCUAUAGCUAUAGAUUGGUAUACAGAUGAAGUCUGUUGGGCAGAUGCAGGUUUAAAAAGUAUAGAAUGUAUUGGAAUAGAGAGUCGAUUACAACGAACUGCUGUUGCUAAUUGCAGUUAUCCAUUUGGACUAGCUAUAACCCGAGACAAUUUUUAUUGGACUGAUUGGAUAUCAGGGAAAAUUGAAUUCACUGGAAGAAAUGAAAAAGUGAAAAGAGAAAGUCUACCUGUACCUCUGCAUGGUAAUGGCAAAUUGUACGGAAUUGCAGCAGUUACUGGAAAAUGUCCCUAAUAUUUAAGACUGAAUAAAAGUAAUUCAUAAAAAUUUGUUUAAAAAGUUCAAUGAAAACAAUAAACCAUGUAUGUUAGCAGACCUUUAA